ACUAUACGUGCCUUAUAUAAAGUACAAAGUAACAAAUACAAGUACAUUUCCAAUCCAUCACGUACUAGCUCCAGCAUACCAGUCUUGACAUCUUGUAUCUCUAGCUCUUGCUCGUUACACAUUGAGACCUUCAAAAGCAAAUUAAUAAUUAAGCCAGCAAUAAUUAUGUCUAGAAGAAGCUUUACUUUCGAGAUCGUUGACCUCCACAACUCUCAUGAAAACCGAGAAAAGAUCAGAAGACUUCUUGGGGACGAGUUGUUGGAAAUCGACCGUGUGAAACCACAUGUCAUCGUUGCAACCUCCCAAGACCCCGAAAAAGUGAGGGUUGCACUCGAGUACAAGACGGGCAAGAAAGUGAUCCUUUUGUAUGAAAAUAAUUAUAUGAAUCACCAACCGUCAACACAAAUUAGUUUACAUCAGAAGUACGCCGCCGGGCUACUCCAACGUGGUGGUCAAUCGCCGGAACAAAGUUUACAUCAGAAGUACGCCGGGCUACUCCAGCAUGGCAAGCAAGUUAGUAUGUUUCCUAAUACUGCAUCAUCAAACCAUAACGUACCAGCAGCACGAGUUAGUAUGUUUCCUACAACUGCAUCAAACCAUAACGUACCAGCUACGACACGAGUUAGUCUGUUUCCUCCUACAUCAAACAACCAUGUACUGGCUGCGGCACAAGCAGCAUUACAUAAUCAUAUAUUGCAAUCAUCUGGUCGUCUGCAAAGGGAUACGCCUGUUGCUUCUUCAUCAUCAAACAAUGUUGCAUUAUACAUUCAGAAUUUUGCGGUAAAUAAUGUCAACAUUAAUAAUAUAGCUACAGAUCCAAGGAGGACUACGACUAAUAGCAUACGAACACCGCAAGCAGGUGUAGCGUCGGGUUCAAUCAGACGCCCUAAAAGCUAUCACGAGCACAGCUUAACAUCAACAAAUGGCAGGAAAUCGGUGUACAAGUGCAGUGGGUGCAAAGAACUAGGGAGGGGAGAUAGAUACGUUUGCCACGAUUGCUCCAACGGCUAUGUUCUCCACCCAAGCUGCAUGUACUACGAGGAAAGAGCUACACAUAAGUUUUUUCAAGGAAUCACCUUCGACUUUCAUCAAAAUCGUCUUAAUAGCACUAACAGAAUUUGUGAUGCAUGUGGAUCGGAUAUCCAUGGGUUCUUUUACCACUCUGCAGAAAACAACAAAGAUUUGCACCCUUGUUGUCUUAGACUCCCAGAAGCAGUUGUUCUCGAGGGGAGGAACUUUCGGCUUUGUAAGAGAUUGACAUCCAAGUGUUUCCAUUGUGGCUCCACCAGGAAGAAGAAAGAUGACAAAGACAAAUGCUGGUGUUACUCAUCGGAGAGUAGUCAAAACUUGCAGUCUCAUGUGUCGUGCAUGAACGACGCUCUCUUCACAUGUUGAAAUUGAUUUAUGU